AUGACAGUUCCGGAGAAUGUGCUGACAACGCAUCAACGAGUGAUACAGAGUUGUGUUUUGUAUAAUAUCGUACCGCGAAGCAUUGCAAGAGCGUGGGAACCCCAGCAUUUGCUAUGGAAGGGGAAGCUUAUAGUAGACGAGCUUUUGCAUUUGGAUGGGUCCAAUCAGUCGACGAUGAUGCAACCGUCGCUGUACAGGUUUCGAUUCGUUUCGGAUAAAGAGGACGGAGUUGAUAAAGAGGAUAUAAACAGCGACGAGAGGUUGUUCUGUGAGACGCAGGUGAUAUCGAAUCUGAAGGAGCUGCAUACGGUAUUGCAGCGGAGGGAGAAAUGGUAUCAGAUAGCAAUGUUGUGCGAGGGACAGCAUAGGCAUCAGAUUGCAUUGGAACUACAAAUAAAAGAUGCGUAUCAGAUGCAGUUAUUCGAAGAUAUAAUCCUGAGAAUCCGAGAUGAGUACGAAAUUUUCCAAGAGAUGUACGAUGGGUAUUAG